AUGAAAAGAAACAAGACAAUCACAACGGCGUCAACAUUGUCAUCACAUUGGUACGAAACAUGCGGAGAAGCCUUUUUUACACAACUACUCGUACCAUUCCUCAGCAACCCAUCCCGAGAAUUAAAAUCACUCUCCCUAACGUGUCGAUUUAUUUAUCAAAUUUAUGCAUCAUCAUCGAGUGGAAAUGAUUUGUGGAUGAAUUUCCUAUUGAACAAGUAUCAUGACUUGAAUAGGGAAAUAUUGAAAAAUAACGAUGGAAAAUUAAUGAUGUAUUAUUAUCAAUUAGUUUAUUUUGAAAAUCAUUUGGAUCAGAUUCUGCCAGAAUAUUUAAUACCAACAUUAUCUUAUGGAAGAGAUUUAAAGAAUGAUGAUGUUAGACCUCGUUUUAUUUGUUCAUCUUCUAAUGGAUAUUAUUAUUCUAUGGGAUUUAUUAACAUGUUGAUUAAUUCGGAAUUUGAUUUGGAAUAUGAUCCAUGCCUUGAGGAUAAUUAUACAUUUAAUUUGGAAAUGGAAAAUGCAAAGAAAUGUAUUUCAUUAUAUCCCAUUUCAUUAUUGGAGGAAUAUUCACCACUCUAUCAAGGUUAUAUCGAUAUGAGUGAUGGAAUGAUUUUUACACUUGUUAUCAAGAAUGAUUUUAAUAAUAUCGAAUCAGUAUUGGAUCAAUUUCAUAUAUUUUACAAGCAAGUGCAAUUGCAAAAAAGGUUAAACUCGUUUAUAUUUACCAUUGCAAUUACUUACAAGGAUUUUAUGGAAGAUUCUUUUAAGAAAAUGGUCGAAGAGGAAUUGAGAAUGCACAUUUCACAUUAUAACAUUGUAAAUUAUGUAAUUAUGGAAUGUAAUCCAAGGAAGAGAGAUCAAGUUUUAAGAAUAACCAUCGAGUCUGUGAAGAGAUUUAAAUUUAUUGAUACCAAACUAUUCUUGAAAUAUCUUCAAAUUAAAUCGGAAGAGGAGAAGAAUAAGAAGAAUUGUUCAAUAAUGUGA